AUGUGGUUCUCCAUUAGCAGCUCUCUCUUUCCUCCUCCUUCCAAGGACUGGCUCCAGAAUGCUCUCUCAGACCCCAAAGGUCUAGGCUGGGGGGGUGAGGGACAACCUCCAGGGAAGAUGCUGAAGAUUUGCCCAGAAGAGAAGGAGGAAGAGGAUGAUCUGCUCUCUCUCCUGGACCAAAGAAAACUGGAGGAGACCCUGGGGCCUAACUUAGAGGCAGGUGUUUCCUCCCACGAGCCUCAAGAAGAUGGGCAGGAGCUAGAAGCCAUCAAAACCAAGCUACAGAAAAUGGAGGAGGUCCAUGAGAGACAGGAGCUCAAAGGUAUGGAAGAGACCCAACAUCAGCAGCCACAUGAGGAAGAGAAAAAGGUGGCAGAAAAAGCCUUCACCCCAUUGCUGUCACCACUGCAAUACAACCCUGAGGCCAGUCAUCUGCUGGACACAGAGAAAGGCACACCUUUCCAAGGAACAGCCAUGGAGAAGUUAGAGUCUGAUCAACGGUCUGUCUACGUAGGCAAUGUGGAUUACAACGGCACGGCUGAGGAGCUGGAAUCCCACUUCAGCUGCUGCGGCGAGAUCAACAGGGUCACCAUCCUCUGUGACAAGUACUCUGGACACCCCAAGGGCUAUGCCUAUAUUGAGUUUGCCCAUGAGGAUUCUGUGAAGACUGCUACAGAGCUGGAUGAGACCACCUUUAGGGGCCGGAUAAUCAAGGUUCUGCCCAAAAGGACCAACUUCCCAGGGAUCAGCACUACAGAUCGAGGGGGCCCUCGGAAUCGACUCUCUGGCAGAGGAUGCCCUCCCCUCCGGUGUAGCCUUUAUAUUGGAGAUAGACUGAGGCCAAGGGGCAGAAGCUACAGGGGGCAUGGAAGAAUCUCCCACUGGUUCGAGCCAUAUUAG